AUGGACGGGGACCUGUAUGAUGAAUUUGGUAACUAUAUCGGUCCUGAUCUGGAAUCUGAUUCAGACGAUGAACAAAGCGUUUAUGGGCAAGACAACCGCGACGCUGACGAAGAUGCGAUGGAAGAAGACGAGGACGCCGACGUCGAACCUGAGGCUGCGCCCAUGUCCGUUGUUCUGCACGAAGAUAAAAGAUACUAUCCUCAAGCUAUAGAAGUCUAUGGGCCAGAUGUGGAGACAGUAGUGCAAGAAGAAGACACACAAGCCUUAGACAAGCCACUUGUUGAGCCUGUAAAGCAUAAGAAGUUUCAAUUACAAGAGCAGCAGUUGCCCGAGACCACAUAUGACAUGGAAUAUAUGGCUGACAUGUUGGACAACACAAAUUUGAUGAGGAAUGUUACUCUAAUGGGGCACUUACAUAAUGGGAAGACAUCAUUUGUUGAUUGUUUAAUCAGACAGACACAUCCCAGUACAAUAAACAAUGAAACAACAAUUCCAAUGAGAUAUACAGACACAUUGUUUGUGGAGCAAGAGAGGGGUGUUUCUAUUAAGUCCAUGCCAGUAACGCUCUUGUUGAAAAACAUCAAAGGGAAAUCACACUUACUCAACAUAAUGGACACACCUGGACAUGUCAAUUUUAGUGAUGAGGUCACUGCAGCAUUGAGGAUAUCAGAUGGAGCUGUGCUGUUCGUUGAUGCCGCUGAAGGCAUCAUGCUAAACACAGAGCGCCUUCUCCGCCAUGCUGUGCAAGAGCGGGUACCUCUCACAGUUUGCAUCAAUAAAAUCGACCGUCUGAUACUUGAGCUGAAGCUCCCUCCCGCGGACGCUUACUACAAAUUGCGCCACAUUGUAGAUGAAUUGAACUCCUUGGUGGAGACAAACCAGCCCCAAGACAACCCGGAUGAACCGCCUGUUAUAUUCUCGCCAUUGUUAGGCAAUGUCUGCUUCGCGUCGUCACUGUACGACGUGUGUUUCACACUGGAGUCGUUCGCGGCCAUGUACGCUACCGCCCACUCGGAGUCUGGUCUCCGGGCUUCAGACAUGGCCGCCUGGCUGUGGGGCGACGUGUUCUUCAACGCGAAGACCAGGAGGUUCACGAAGAAGUCCCCGCACGCGUCCGCCCAGAGGAGCUUCGUCGAGUUCAUCCUGGAGCCCCUGUAUAAGAUAUUCGCUCAGGUUGUUGGUGAUGUGGACGACACUUUACCGGCUGUGCUUGAAGAAUUGGGUAUCAAAUUGACUAAGCAAGAAGCGAAGCUAAACGUUCGACCGUUGUUGAGGCUAGUCUGCAGCCGGUUCUUCGGAGACUUUUGCGGUUUUGUGGAGAUGGUGACCCGCAAUAUCCCGUCGCCUCUGGACGCGGCCGAGCGGAAGGUGGCCCACUGCUACCGGGGCACUACGGGCCCCCUGCGCGAGAGCAUGCUCACCUGCGACCAGAACGGCCCGCUGGUCGCACACACCACGAAGAUGUACCCCACAGACGACUGCACCUUCUUCCUGGUGCUGGCACGGAUAAUGUCGGGCACGCUGUACGCUGGACAGACGGUGCGCGUUCUGGGCGAGAACUACAGCGCCCAGGAUGAGGAGGACUCGAGGCUGAUGAAUGUGGGCCGCCUGUGGCUGCACGAGGCCAGGUACAAGGUGGAGCUGAACCGGGUCCCGGCCGGCUGCUGGGCGCUGAUUGAGGGCAUCGACCAGCCGAUCGUGAAGACUUGCACGCUGGUGGCCGCCCACGAGGAGGCCGAGCUGCACACCUUCAGGCCGCUGCGCUUCAACACGCACGCCGUGGUCAAGAUCGCCGUGGAGCCGGUCAACCCCUCGGAGCUGCCCAAGAUGCUGGACGGCCUGCGCAAGGUGAACAAGUCGUACCCGCUGCUGUCGACGCGAGUGGAGGAGAGCGGCGAGCACGUGGUGCUGGGCACCGGCGAGCUCUACCUGGACUGCGUCAUGCACGACCUGCGCAACAUGUACUCCGAGAUCGACAUCAAAGUCGCCGACCCCGUGGUGUCGUUCUGCGAGACGGUGGUGGAGACGUCGUCGCUGAAGUGCUUCGCGGAGACGCCGAACAAGCGCAACAAGCUGACGAUGAUCGCGGAGCCCCUGGAGAGGGGCCUGGCCGAGGACAUAGAGGCGGGCGCCGUCUGCGUCUCCUGGGACCGGCGGCGGCUCGGCGAGUUCUUCCAGAACAAAUACGACUGGGAUCUGCUGGCCGCCCGCUCGAUAUGGGCCUUCGGGCCCGACUCCACGGGGCCCAACAUCCUCGUGGACGACACCCUGCCGUCGGAGGUGGACAAGCACCUCCUCGCCUCGGUCAAAGACAGCAUUGUGCAAGGGUUCCAGUGGGGCACCCGCGAGGGUCCUCUCUGCGAGGAGCCCAUCAGGAACGUCAAGUUCAAGAUCCUGGACGCCGUGAUAGCCCAGGAGCCGCUGCACAGGGGCGGCGGCCAGGUCAUACCUACAGCUCGAAGGGUCGCUUACUCCGCAUUCCUGAUGGCCACACCUCGCCUGAUGGAGCCCUACCUCUUCGUGGAGGUGCAGGCGCCGGCUGACUGUGUUUCGGCCGUCUACACCGUGCUCGCCAAGCGGAGAGGGUUCCAGUGGGGCACCCGCGAGGGUCCUCUCUGCGAGGAGCCCAUCAGGAACGUCAAGUUCAAGAUCCUGGACGCCGUGAUAGCCCAGGAGCCGCUGCACAGGGGCGGCGGCCAGGUCAUACCUACAGCUCGAAGGGUCGCUUACUCCGCAUUCCUGAUGGCCACACCUCGCCUGAUGGAGCCCUACCUCUUCGUGGAGGUGCAGGCGCCGGCUGACUGUGUUUCGGCCGUCUACACCGUGCUCGCCAAGCGGAGAGGCCACGUGACGCAGGACGCGCCCGUGCCCGGCUCGCCGCUGUACACGAUCAAGGCGUUCGUGCCGGCCAUCGACUCGUUCGGCUUCGAGACGGACCUGCGCACGCACACGCAGGGCCAGGCCUUCUGCCUGCAGCUCUUCCACCACUGGCAGAUAGUGCCCGGGGACCCGCUCGACAAGAGCAUCGUCAUCAGACCCUUAGAGCCGCAGCCAGCGACACAUUUGGCCCGCGAGUUUAUGAUCAAAACUAGAAGGCGCAAAGGCCUCAGCGAGGAUGUCUCCAUCAACAAGUUCUUCGACGACCCCAUGUUGCUCGAGCUUGCAAGGCAGGACGUGCAGCUGAAC